AUGAGGCGGGGCAGCCCGGGCGGGGGGAGCCGCGCGUCGCCCCGCAAGCCCCCGCCGCCGCCGGCCGCGCCGCCGGACGAGCCGAAACGCGAGCUGGAGGCGCUGCGGGCCGAGCUGGAGGGCGAGCGGCUGCGGUCGCAGGAGCUGAGGCGCCGCUUCGCCGCCGAGGCGCGGGAGCUGCGCGAGGCGGCGGAGCGCGAGCGGCAGCUCCUGGCCGACCAGCUCCGCUCCAAGUGGGAGCAGCAGCGUGCGCGGGAGCUGCACCAGCUGCGCGAGCGGGAGCGGCGGCAGCGCGAGGCCGAGAUCCGGCAGCUGCUGCGCUGGAAGGAGGCGGAGCUGCGCGAGGCGCAGGAGCUGCUGCAGCGCGAGCGCGACGCCGCCGUGCGCCAGGCCCGCGACCUGCAGCGCCAGCUGGCCGAGGAGCUGGUGGGCCGCGCGCGGGGCGAGAGCCGCGCCCGCCUGCAGGAGGUGCUGGGCCGGCUGCGCUGGGAGACAGACGGCGAGCAGGCCGCCCGCAUCCGCCACCUGCGUGCCGAGCUGGAGCUGGAGCGCAGCCUCUUCCUCAAGUACAUCCUGGAGCGCUUCGAGGCCGAGCAGCCGCCCAGCCCCCUGCCCCGGGCCGCGCACCGCCUGCAGGGCAGGAGGCACCAGGACGGGCCCCUGCAGAGCCUCAUGGCAGCCUGCUCCCCGGCGGGUGAGGCCUGCUCCCUGGACAGCAGCCUGUCGCCGCUGGAGGAGGCCCAGCCCGCCCUGCUGGAGGGCAGCCCCCCACCUGCCCGCGAGGAAGACGCCUGCCGCCAGGAGGAAACGGCCACGAGGGAGCUGCCCCUGGAGCCCAGGGGCGACAGCCUGGCUCUGGAGUGCUCGGACUCCCCGCCGGAAGGGAAGGUGGCUGGGUGGGCAUCCGCAGGGCGAGAGGGUGCCCAGGUAGUGGGGCAGCAGCAGGACUGGCUCUCCGGCGGCGGGUACGAACACCUGGUGAAGCAGAACUCAGACCUGCUGAGUGCCCUGGAGCACCUGGAGCAGAGAUGCACGGCCCUAAAGGAGGAGAAUUGCCUUCUGAGGAGAAGCAGCGUUCCCGAGAUGCAAGAGAAAGUGAAGCGGCUCAAGAGGAAGAAUGCUGAGCUGGCCACCAUUGCGAAAAGACUGGAGGAAAAAGCCAGGAAACUCCGAGAGCCCGACCUCCAGGUAGUCGGUGCCCCAGUAUUACUACCCAUUGACGAUUCGGAUGUGGAACUGUGCAAGAAAGCGUUUGCUCAGCAGAGGUUCAAAGAUCUGAGUGAACAAGCUAGUACCCUUCUGGCCAAGGAUAAGCAGAUAGAAGUCCUGCAGAAGGAGUGUUGGGAGCUGCGGGCCAAACUGGCUACAGGCAACGAUGGCUCAUGCGAGCUCAGUUUCAGUGACUUUGAUCACUUGUUGCGAGAGACUCAAAAAGAAGUGUUAUGGUUACAGAGACAAAUAACGUUGAGGAACCUGAAAGAGCCUCUGCAGCGCUCCCAACUUGGUUCAGACAGUUCUUCCACUACUGCUGUGUGCCCAAUUCAGGAAGCAUGCGUACCAAACAUGGAUGCCAGUUUAGAUGGCUCAUGUUUUCCAAAGGAGACACCAACAGGAUCAGUUGCUUUGGGGAAGGGCAUAGAGACAGUAGUAUUACCAUUGGGAAAUAUGUCCGAGAAACAUGAAAACACGCCUUUAAAGACCGACCCAUACAGCAAAGAGCAGAUAGAGCAUUUGGAAAUAGAGCUGGGUAAAAAAUACCAGCAAUGUGAAAAUCUUGAGCAAGAAAUAGAGAAGAAACAGAAAAAAUGUAAUGAGUUGGAAAUGCAGUUAAAAGAAGCCCUGAAUAAGAAGCAGUAUCACAGUAAAACUGAACAAUUUAAUCUUCUGUCUCAGAAACUUGAACAGUUCCAUGUAAAAAAACCUGAUGUGACUUCAAAGUUGCCAUGCACUAUAUGUUUUUCCACAGCACAGAUCUCUGCAGAAGAUUCUUUUUCUGGAUCUAAAAGUCAAGUCAAAGAACAGGAGUCCCAGACAGACUUCUCAAAGUCAGAAUCAGGGCAGAGUAGUCCCAACUCCUGCCCUUCCCCAGAGGAAGAUACUGCAAAUGAAAUAGAAGAUUUGGAGACAAAUGCAUUUUCCCUUACUGUAGAAGCACAGAGACAAGGUUCCGCAAAACUUCGAGUCUUCUUAGCUCGAUAUAGCUAUGACCCUUUUGAAGGUCCUAACAAGAACCCUGAAGCAGAGCUUCCAUUGACAGCUGGAGGAUAUGUUUACAGUUUUGGAGAUAUGGAUGAGGAUGGCUUUUUUAAAGGAGAGCUGAUGGAUGGCAGAAGAGGGUUGGUCCCCUCUAAUUUGGUAGAUGAAGUUUCAGAUGAUGACCUGAUGGCCUCUGUGCCUCCAGAGCUAGAUGACCUGUCACAUGUGUCAUAUCAUGAAACGAGUUUCCUGAGCAGAAGUGUUAGCAGUGGAGAAAAGAGUAAUGGUCUUGAUAAAAAAAUAAGUAUCAGUAUGUUAACUAAUAGACUAGAAGGAGACACUGAGAUGCCUAGUGAUUAUGUCAAAGUGCCUUAUCCAAGAAACCUGACCCUAAUCAAGCAAUUAGCAAGAAGCAUUAUUAUAGGUUGGGAGCCACCAUUUUUGCCAGCUGGCUGGGGGGAUGUGCAGAGCUAUAACGUUUAUGUAGAUAAAGUGCUAUACCAAAAUGUAAGGUUUGGCUGCUGGACUGAAGUAGUGAUUGAGAAUCUGGAUUUAAAUGCUAAGACCUAUCGGAUUUCUGUUCAAAGUGUAAUGGAAAAGGGAAAUUCAGAUAAGAUGCAGUGUACUUUCCUUAUAGGGAAAGAUUUUCAUAAAGCACCAGAACUUCUGAAAAUAAGGAGCAUCACCGCUACUUCAGCAGAGGUCAUGUGGUUACCAAGCAGCAGCAAUUAUACUCACGUGGUUUACCUUAAUGAGAAAAAGUAUGAUGUUACCAAGGCUGGGAUUUAUUGGUACACUUUCCAAAACCUACAACCCAACACUCAGUACACUGUACAAGUGGAUGCACAACCUCAGAAGAUGACAUGCAAUCUAUCCCUGGAGAAAUGGAUGCAGAAAUCGGCAACAAUUGAGUUUGUUACUCCAUCAACAGGAUUACCUGAUGCUCCACUUGAUGUUCAGGUAGAGCCUGGUCCCUCAGCAGACAAUCUAGUUAUCAGUUGGCUGCCUGUGACAAUAGAUACAGCAGGAUCAUCCAAUGGGGUACGAGUCACAGGUUAUGCUGUGUAUGUGAAUGGUCAAAGAGUAACAGAAGUUAUGUCUCCAAUAACUGGGAGUGUCCUAGUAGAACUGUCGCAGUUAGAGAUCUUCCAAGUGUCUCAGAAGGUUUCUGUGAGAACAUUGUCUCCUUAUGGAGAGUCAGUGGAUUCUGUGCCAGCUCUGAUACCCUCGGCAUUAUUGAUAGGAAAGAGGAGGGAAUGUUCAAAGUCUGUGCCUACCAGCCUGACCCCUGAACAUCCCUGUGGGGAAUUCGUAGACUCUCAGCGUGUAAAAAAUCCUCUGACACAUAGCACAUCUUCCCUGUCUUCACAGUUGGAUUUGGCCAGUAAAGAUAAGAAACGUACAGUUUGCUUCACCUCUAACUGCAGAGAUUCACUUACUUCCCUGCCAGCAAACGUCUCCCCACAGCAAUUGUUCACUUCCCACAGUUCUUCCUUGAUGCCUGAGCUUGCCAUGUCAUCAAUGUCACACAUUCUGAGAAAUGAAUAUGAUGAUAAAUGUGUGGCACAUCAACCGACAUCAGUCAGUGUACAGUCUUCGAGCCUUGCCUUUCCUGCCAGAUGGUGUGAAGAAUCAGCCAGUGCUAGGACUCCAAAAGACAUUCAGAGAAAGAGAACCGAACACCUCUUUUUAACCCAAAAUGAUGUGUUAAAUCAGGCAGAUGCCAGCAACAUCAAAAUGUCCAUGACGACCCAUUAUGUGAACUCUGAGGACAAGCCUGUGAAAGAUUCAGCCAUUCAGAGACACAUUGAGAGAUAUGACAGGAAUUGGUUGAAUUCUGUUCCUCAGCUGUGCUCUAGCCAAGUUGAAUUGCAGGAAGAGUAUAAUAGAGACAUAGAAAUAAAUACCUUAAAUGUUCAGGAGAUUCUAGAUGUCUCCUCAGAGAAGAAACCUGACGAAGUAUUAAUCCUAGGGGUGUCUGUUGGUGAAACGAAGAAAGACCAAACACCAGGAACAGGGAACUGGAAACUUAAUCCUUCUGGUGAACACAACCGUAGUUCUGUUCUUUUACGUACUUUGAAAGAGGAAGAAGAGGAGCUAGAUUUAGAUGGGGAGGAAGAUAACAGAAUAAAGAUUGCUGGUAAAGAUUCCAGUCUAAAGGAGUCUCCAGAGUUUCCUACACAGUGGUCUCAAAUAAAAAAAACGAAUAAGGCUUUGAGCACAAGCCAAGCAGUGACAUCUUCAUUUUCCAGAACAGAUAUUCUGAAAAGCUCAGACUUGAAGGAGAUGGUUAGUGAUGGCUCAAUAAGGAUGUUUCUGGCCCUUUUUGACUAUGAUCCUGCAUCUAUGUCACCUAAUCUUGAUGCAGCUGAAGAGGAACUCCCAUUUAAAAAGGGGCAGGUUGUAAAAGUGAUUGGUGAUAAAGAUGUCGAUGGUUUCUACCAAGGUGAAAUUGAAGGAAAGGUUGGAUACAUUCCAUGUAAUAUGGUGUCUGAGGUGGAGAUGGACAGUAUUGAAAUGAAACAGCAGUUGUUAAAACAGAAUUCUGUACCUGGUAUGGAUUCCAGGAUGAAUUUAGUAAAGCUGGGUAUACAAGAUAGGAAUGACAAGUCUCACUCGGAAUGUGUCCAGCGAGAUAGCAAGGUUGAGCAGCCUGCUUCUAAAACAAUGGUGGCUGUCUUUGACUACAACCCGAGGGAGAGCUCAAUAAAUGUGGAUGUGGAAAGUGAACUAACAUUUAGUGCUGGAGAUAUUAUCACAGUAUUUGGAUCUGUAGAUGAUAGUGGAUUCUACUAUGGGGAGUUAAAUGGACAGAGAGGCCUUAUCCCUUCUGAAUUCCUGAAAAUUGUGUCUUUGGAGGAGGAGUGAAAGUCAGGUGUUGUUUGAAAGACGCUUCAAGAAAUAGGAGGAAGAGAAGAAGAAUCUAGUAAUACAAAGAAAAAGGACGCACCUAACUGUAGAUGAAAAACGCAUUAUUAGUGAAGUCUAGUAUUAAAAGUUUUCCAUGAAAAUAUAUCAUAUAGAAUCAUUAUUUUUAAUAUGGCAGAAGAAAUACCUAGCAGACAUGAGAAGUGAAUUUCAUUUCAAUUUUAAAACUUUGGCCAUAAUUUUUUUGUUGUAUAUCUUUUCAGGGGAAGAUGUGUGUGGAAAAAUGAGUGGAUACUUCAUGUACUGAUUCGAACUGUGUGCUGGGUAGUCAAAAUUCAGCCAUUCUUUUUGACAAAUGCCUCAGCACUUACUAACAUAAGCACAUGUCCUUUAAAUGGGAAUUUGUGAUUAGGAUAGCAUAAGGGAUGCUCUGCAAGGGCAUUCAUGCCACAUUCAGGCCCUUUUUGUACUAAAAGGAGUUAAGAUUUGCAUACUGUAAGGGCUGUGUUUGCUCAGGGAAUAGUCACUUGAAGGGUAGGUUUUAUUAAGAAAGAUUCUUUCGGGUUAAUGUUAAAGUCCCCAGUCCUGCAAGUGACUCAGUAGAGAUGCUCAGGUGCUCACCUGCACAGAAUUACAUCCAGGAUCAUAACCAACUUUUGUGCAGUUUAUAUUAAAACCUGAGCUGAAGUUUUCUGACUCUUAAAGCUUACUUAGUUUACAUGUUCAUUUACUAACUUGAAAUAUUAAGCUAUUUUACUUGUUAGUUUAUUGUGGUUUUUUUACAUAUCUAAAUACUUGUUUUGUUAUUUAUAAUUCACUUGCUCACUGAAGAACUUGUGAAGAGUGAACUUGGCUAUGGGGAUCAAAGCUGCAUGUAUAGAUGAUUUUUAAAGGAGAGUUUACAGAUAAUUCCUUAGGAGAAGGGUUCAUUGUGUUAAGAUGAUUAAUUUUUUAGACAAAUGGCAUAUGUGCUAUUUUUUUUUAAAAGCAGGGUUAAUUUCUCUGCGUAUUUCACUUUGUCAUAAGAGAAUAAAUUGUUUAGUUUUUCCUUUUUGAAUAUUAAAGGAGAAAAUAUUAUAACUUGCAAAUUGGAUUGUAAUAAAACCUAUUUGUUAUUUCAUA